AUGUUUCUAACGAGGCAUCUACGAUUGGCGACGAGCGUGUUGAAUCAUCCGGCACGAUUAGGCAUCCCGAUUCGACAGUGCGGCACACAAUCAAAGGAAGGACCGGCGGACGACGGUAAACCGGACAAUAAGAAAAGCUUAAUCCUCCGCACGAAUCUCUUCGAAUCGGCGGCCAAAAAGGACAAACAGACCUACAUAGAGAUGGUGAAGAUAUUUGAAAAACGUAGCGUCCAUCGGCGAAAUCACGUCGAGUUCAUUUAUGCCGCCUUGCGCCACAUGGAAGAGUUUGGCGUGAACAAGGAUAUCGCCGUGUACAAGGCGCUGAUCGACGUCAUGCCGAAGGGCAAGUUCAUACCGACGAACAUAUUUCAGGCAGAGUUUAUGCACUAUCCGCGCCAACAGCAAUGCAUCAUAGAUCUGCUGGAACAGAUGGAGGAUAACGGUGUGAUGCCCGAUUACGAGAUGGAAGCGAUGUUGGUGAACGUAUUUGGCAAGAAGGGACACCCGGUGCGGAAGUAUUGGCGCAUGAUGUACUGGAUGCCAAAGUUUAAAAAUCUCUCGCCCUGGCUACUCCCCAACCCGGUCCCGGACGACACAUUCGAGCUGGCCCGGUUAGCAGUGGAGCGCAUGUGUUCGAUUGAUCCGCGCAGUAAAGUUGACGUAUUCGAUACGAAAGCGGUGGAGAAUGCGCUCGAUCAUACGUGGGUCGUUAGUGGACAAAGUGUGGAGCAGUCGGAACUGUUGGAGGCUCACAGCAAGCAGGAACCGGUCUAUAUCGAGGGUCCAUUUGUGAUAUGGUUGCGAAAUCGUUGUAUCAACUAUUUCGUGCUUAAAAGUGCUCCGAAACCGUUGGCACCGAUUAAACAAACGGAAGAUCCAGAUGAUGUUAGCAAUCUACACAAUCCCUACAUUGGGCUCGAUUUACGGUUCCGCAAGGGUCAACGGACAGGAUCGGCAGUGAGCACUCGUCGACGGUCAGUUCACGAGCAAGAUGACGGCAUCAUCUAUGCCAUCUGUUGUACUGGAUCUUCCACAAAGGAUUCGCUACUGUCCUGGAUCCGAUUACUAGAGAAAGAGAAUGGCAACGCAGCAUUAGCCUCGCUUGCUGUGUUGUUUAAAUUUACUUCUCCCACAACUGAAGUGACCGUUCGCGACGAAGAUUCCAACACUGUACAACAUUAG